AUGGUUCGUUUCAACCUGGCUCUCGGCCUCUGUGCUGCAGCUGCAUAUACACCUGCAGCAUCGGCAGCGUACAUCAGCACAGCCGGGAAGCGCGAGGUCGAUUGCACGGGUGUUAAAGCAAUCAGUCCGCUCUGCAAAUCCAAUGAGGCCGCGUUCCACCGAGACGCCUUUUACGUCGGAGGUCGCGACGUCACUACCGACCGGGGAACCAGCACGGCCGACCAACUCUAUGUCGAAAAGCUCACACCAACAGGCGGCGUGACACAACCCAACCCACUGGUCUUGUUCCAUGGAGGUGGCUUCUCCGGCAUCACAUGGCUGAACACGCCUGACAACCGUAAAGGCUGGGCGUCGCACUUCAUCGAGCAGGGUUACGCCGUCUACAUUGUCGACUCGAUCGCCGUCGGCCGGUCGACACAAAUUGAAGCGGCGGGAUAUGCCCCCGUCGGGGCCGGUAGCCCAGUCGAGACGCUGCGAGAUACUUUCACGGCGCCUCAAGACGUUAACCAGUACCCGCAGUCGCAGCUUCACACCCAAUGGCCUGGGACUGGGAGGGAAGGUGACCCGGUGUUUGAACAGUUUCGCCGAUCGGCGCUGCCGCUGAGCUUCAACAUGGCCUGGCACGAGACUGGCAUGCGCGCGGCAGGGUGUGAACUGCUUUCCCUGCUCGGAACACCAUCCUUUAUAAUCUCGCACUCGUUUGGGGCGGUGACGCCGUUCCUGCUCACCAAUGAUUGCCCGCAGCUCGUGGCAGGAAACAUCAACUUGGAGCCGUCAGCAGGACCAUUCUACCAGUUCAACCUAGACGGGACUGGCCAAGAAGCCUUCCCCUGGGGCAUGUCAAAUACCGCCGUCGACUACGAGCCGCCCGUAAAGGAUGCGUCCGAGUUAAAGACUGAGUUUGUGGGUAAUGCCACCGCAGUUCAAGGCCGUUGUCGAAUGUUGGUCGAGCCCGCCCCGAAACUGCCCAAGGUUGCGAGUGUGCCGUAUGUGGUUAUUGCCGGCGAGGCGAGCAUCCACAUACUCUGGGACCACUGCUCAGCCAUGUUCAUCAGACAGAUUGGUGGUACUGCAGACUACAUCAAGCUUGCCGAUGUGGGGGUUCAGGGGAAUGGGCACUUUUCGCACAUGGAGAAGAACAACCUGGAGGUGGCGCAAGUAGUGCAAGAUUGGAUUCGAAAGCAUACUGCGCCACGCGUGUGA